ACAUUAGGUACCUUAUGAUCGUCAUGAGUUUGGCAUAUGCGAAGUUAUGAAUAAAGUAUAUGUACUUCGUACAUCCCAGGUUAGGAGGUAUGUACCUUGGUAUCUACAUGUAAUGUUGCCAAAUUCUUGCCCCACAGCCACAGGAGAGACCUAGCUUGGUCUAAUGGAAUGACGUGUAUGUUGCCCCUCGUUCUUCCGUUAGCGCCUUUAUGCGGGAAAGGCAUGGAAAUAUCUAAUACUGAUACAAGCUUGUGACACAUCCACGGCAAAGGCUAGAACAUAUCAGGUGUUGAUUUAAAUGAUCGAUUGAGAAGUCGCACGCGGUCAAACGUUUUAACUCAGGCCUCCAACUUUGUCACAUUCAAUAUUUCCAAAUUACAUUUCCAAAUUACAUCUUCAUUCUUCCUAAGCAACCUACCUAGCAUAUAUAUCUACAUUCGACUCUAUAAUUUCUUCGUAGUCGCAUACUAUAUUACCCCUCAAUCUAUUAUUCCAUCAUCAUGGCUUCUAACCGCACUGUUCUGGUGAAGAAUAUUAGCGCAGACGCGACCGACAACGAAGUUAAGGACUUCUUCAGCUUCUGUGGCAAGAUCACUGAUAUUAAGGUCACGCCGGGCGAGGGCAAUACGAAAGAUGCUAGCGUCACCUUCGAGAAGGAGACUGCCGCUAAGACUGCGCAGCUCCUAAACAAUACUCAACUCAAAGGAUCGCAGAUUUCUGUAACUCCCGCUGAUGGUCAAGUCGAUGAUGGCACCCCUCAUACCACUAAUGCCGACCGAGAUACCGAUGAGAUUACGCAGGAAGAGAAGCCAAGAAGUCGUAUCUUGGCUGAGUACCUUGCUCAUGGUUAUGUCAUCGGCGAUGCUGCUCUCCAGCGUGCGAUCGAGCUUGACCACAAGCACGGCGUUACCAACCGUUUCAUGAACACCUUAAUGAACCUCGACCAGAAGUACCACGCUACCGAACGUGCCAAGGCAACUGAUCAAUCGUACGGUAUCACGAACCGGGCCAAUAGUCUCUUUAGUGGCCUCAGCUCGUACUUCGAGAAAGCGACAAGCUCCCCUACUGGCAAGAAGCUGGUUAAGUUCUACACCGAAGGCCAGCGUCAAGUGCAAGACAUCCAUGCCGAGGCGCGCCGUCUAGCUAAUCUCAAAAAGCAAGAGCAUGGCGGCUCUGCAUACAAAGCUUCAGGGCUUGAGAGGGUUUUCGGCAAGGAGAAGGAACAGACAACACAGCCAACUUCUUCCGAAAAUGCCAGUGCGCCGGCGGACCAAUCUUCAGUCCCUGCACCCGGCCCGAAGGCUGGCACGGAGGAGUCUACCCCUCUGAGCACGACGGGAGCUAUUCCCUCCAAGGCGCCUGGAGAUGAGAAGGCAUAAAGAGACAGGAUGUGAGCAAUCUGAUGCCGUUACGAAUUACUAUGACUCGGAUAUUGGGUUGAGUGUAGCUUUCCUUAUAUUAGUCGGGUAUGGCAGUUUGAUUGUUUUGUCUACACUGCAUUCCCAUAAUUAAACAGGUCUUCCCAUUUUUACGUGGUUUAUGAAGCCUUAUCUGUGAUUUGUCAAUUGACCAGAUUUUCUGCCUCUUUUGGCUGGAGCUGGUAUAACUGGCGUAAUGUAUUUAAUGCUAUCUGCUACAACUUGAAUUAUAGUCGCAUAUGGAUGAAUUAUGAUUAUAAUGAGAAUAUGCGGGCAUGAGUAGACAAUUCAGCAGUGUUAUAGGUGAAUUGUUUCCAUUCAACCGGAUAAUAUCAUGGCGUAUGUGUUAAACUAUGCCGUACAUGUUU